AGCAGCGCGCACGCGCAGUGCCGUUGGCGCCGGCGGGAGACGCGGCGGUACCGGAGUCGGGCGGGGCGCGGAGCGGAGCGGAGCCUCGGCCGCGAUGCCGCGGGAGAUCAUCACCCUGCAGCUGGGCCAGUGCGGCAACCAGAUCGGGUUCGAGUUCUGGAAGCAGCUCUGCGCCGAGCACGGCAUCAGCCCCGAGGGCAUCGUGGAGGAGUUCGCCACCGAGGGCACCGACCGCAAGGACGUCUUCUUCUACCAGGCAGAUGAUGAGCACUACAUCCCACGGGCCGUGCUGCUGGACCUGGAGCCCCGAGUCAUCCACUCCAUCCUCAACUCCCCCUAUGCCAACCUCUACAACCCAGAGAACAUCUACCUGUCUGAGCAUGGAGGGGGAGCUGGCAACAACUGGGCCAGUGGCUUCUCACAGGGAGAAAAGAUCCAUGAAGAUAUUUUUGACAUAAUAGACAGAGAGGCUGAUGGGAGUGACAGCUUGGAAGGCUUUGUGCUGUGCCACUCCAUUGCUGGUGGAACAGGCUCUGGGCUGGGCUCCUACCUCCUGGAGAGGCUGAAUGACAGGUAUCCCAAGAAACUGGUGGAGACCUACUCAGUGUUCCCAAACCAGGAUGAGAUGAGCGACGUCGUAGUCCAGCCCUACAACUCUCUGCUGACACUGAAGAGGCUGACCCAGAAUGCUGACUGUGUGGUGGUUCUGGACAACACAGCCUUGAAUCGGAUCGCGACAGACCGGCUGCACAUCCAGAACCCAUCAUUCUCACAGAUCAACCAGCUGGUGUCCACCAUCAUGUCUGCCAGCACCACCACGCUCAGGUAUCCCGGGUACAUGAACAACGACCUCAUUGGGCUGAUUGCCUCGCUGAUCCCCACGCCCCGGCUGCACUUCCUCAUGACGGGCUACACGCCGCUCACCACCGACCAGUCGGUGGCCAGUGUGAGGAAAACCACAGUCCUGGACGUGAUGAGGAGGUUGCUGCAGCCUAAAAACGUGAUGGUGUCCACAGGGCGAGACAGGCAGACCAACCACUGCUACAUUGCCAUCCUCAACAUCAUCCAGGGGGAGGUGGAUCCCACACAGGUUCACAAGAGUCUGCAGCGGAUCCGGGAGAGGAAGUUGGCCAACUUCAUCCCCUGGGGCCCUGCCAGCAUCCAGGUGGCUCUGUCCCGCAAGUCCCCUUACCUGCCAUCUGCCCACCGUGUCAGUGGCCUCAUGAUGGCCAACCACACCAACAUCUCCUCGCUGUUCGAGCGGACGUGCCGGCAGUACGACAAGCUGCGCAAGCGAGAGGCUUUCCUGGAGCAGUUCCGCAAGGAGGACAUCUUCAAGGACAACUUUGACGAGCUGGACAACUCCCGGGAGAUCGUGCAGCAGCUGAUCGAUGAGUAUCACGCAGCCACACGCCCCGACUACAUCUCCUGGGGCACGCAGGAACAGUGAGUGCCCUGCCAGGGGACAGGAAGGUCCGUGGCCACCCCCGCGCACGCCGGCAGGCCUCGUCUCUGCCGUGCCCACGUUUGUCACCCCUCAGCGCUGCCUGGCGUGGCAGAGCCCUCGUGCCAGUGCUCCUCUGUGGAAAGCUCUCUGCGGGGAGCUGCAGCUCCUCAGCGGGGCACAGCCCCCGCCCCGCCGUGUGCCCUGGCCCAGGACAGGACUGGGGCAGCUGCGCGCUCUGCUGGGAGGGAACCUCUGCCUGUGGGAGCAGCGCUUGCUGUGAGGAGGAGGAGGAGAGUGACCCUGGGGCUGGGAACAGGCCUGGCCCCCUGAGUUUGGGUGCACACAACCCCCGUGGCCAAAGGCUCCGUGUGGCUGAGCUAGUCCUUGCCCUGGGCGGAAGCCUUGUUCCUCCUUGGCCAGAUCAGGCCUGGGGCACGGGCUGUAUCUAUAUUUUUGUAGGUUAUUUUGCUUUAAUAAAGGCUGUUCCUGCACUGA